UGCUUUUGAUGUGUUGUGACAUCAAAGCAAGUGUCAUAUAAUCUUACAAAUUGGAUAGAAGGAGAAUUGAACAGGUCAGUUGUGUUUAACAGGACAUAGCUGGGCAGGUCAUUAGUCUCCAUCAGUUUUAAUACUGGUUCAAGCUUUACAAUGUUUAGCAAUCUGUUUUGCCCAUGACUCUUGCAAAAGUGAUAUAGAAAGCUCACCCUAAUUAAAUCAAAUAAGGUAAUGGAGUGUAAUUACUUAGAGGAGUGAACUAGCUCAAAAGUGAUUACACCUACUGUAAGUCAGGCAACUCUUUUGAUAUGUCAUUUAUGCUUUAAGAAGCUUAUUAACUUCCUUAGGUUUCAUCAGCUCAGAUAAUAGUGAGACACACAGGAGCAAAUGACUUGCUGAACCAAAGUUACAGGUUGUUCCUGUUUGGGUUAACUCUGGUGAUACACAGGUCUCCAGCAAAAGCAGCUGCUGGAGUGAGAGUUAAAUUCCUAACUUCCCCAGCUACACAUUUCUGUAUUGUGCAUGUGGCAAUUAGCAUGAUUCAAAGGAAUUCUGUGGAAUUUGUAGGGCACUGGAUGACCAUACCUAAACAAUGUCUAUACCACGUGGAGCUGUCCAUGCGAAAUGGAUAGUAGGGAAAGUAAUAGGAACCAAAAUGCAGAAAACUGCCAAAGUGAGAGUGACAAGGCUUGUGCUAGAUCCGUACUUGCUAAAGUUCUUUAACAAACGAAAAACCUAUUUUGCCCAUGAUCCAUUGCAGCAGUGUGUUGUUGGAGACAUUGUUCUUCUGAAGGCUUUGCCUGAGCGAAGGAGCAAACAUGUGAAACAUGAACUGGCUGAAAUUGUUUUCAAGGUUGGAAAAGUCAUAGAUCCAAUAACAGGGAAACCCUGUGCAGGAACGAGAUUCCUUGAAAAUCUGUCGGAUUCAGAAAAUCUGACAGAGGCAGAUACUACAUAUCUCAGUGAAAAACUUCAGGAACUUAAAGUUUGCUCAACAGACAAACAGGGGGGAAAUAUUUAAACCGAGAGCCCUGCUGUUGUAUGUUACAUGUGCCAGUGAGAUCUGUAGUCCAAAUAAAUAGUAAGCAUAGUUGCUUAUAAGAAGAGGUGUUACAAAUUGAAAGGCAUCUCAAAUCUUUAAAUUAAAAUAAGAGAAAACAUGA